AUGGAAUCGCCAUCCAAACUUCAACUUGUCUAUAAUUUUACAAUUGCAUUGCUUGGUCUUAUUGGUAAUACAACAACAAUUAUUGUUUUUUCUCAACGACGUUUACGUUCAUUACGUUCAUCGUUUUUUCUUACUUGUCUUGCUGUUACUGAUCUUGUAUUUAUACUUAUACUUAUUGUUGCUUUACUGGAUCAAUUACAAGUGCCAGUUAUGACUACACCUGUUUGUAUGUCAACAAUUUAUUUAAGUCAUAUAGCAUCAUUUUUAUCAUCAAAUUUUACAUUGGCUUAUACAAGUCAUCGUCUUAUAGCUGUUUUAUUUCCAAUAAAAGCAACAACAUUUCUAAAACAACGUACAAAUCGUGUUUUAGCAUUAGCAUUAUUAAUAUUUGCAUGUUUAUUUUAUUCAUUAUCAUUUCCUGUAAUAACAACAACAGCUCAUUCAAAUACAACGAAUACUGUUACUUGUAAAGAAGAUGAAACUAAAAAAUUAUUAUUUCCAUUUAUUAUUCUGGAUACAUUAUUUACAUUUAUUAUACCAUUUUCAUUGAUUACAUGUAUGAAUUUAGCUAUUGUAUAUAAACUUCAAACAAAAUUAACAUAUAAACAAAAACUUUCAAUAGCUACACCAUCAGCAAAAUCAUCAACAAAUUCAUCUGGUCAAUCAGUUACAGAAAGUGCUCCAACAACACAAAUAAAUAAUGUCAGUAUUAGUAAAAAUAGUGUUAAUCAAGAAGUUUAUCGUCUUUUACAACAACAACAACAAAAUCGUUCAUUAUUAUGUGUUCGACCAAUGCAACGAUAUAAAGGUCUACAAAAUCGUUCAGUAUCACUUAUACCAAAUCCAAGACGUGCAUCAUUAUAUCAUACUAAUAAACCAAUUCGUAUUCGUUCGACACAAUGUCGAGCAACAGCAUCAGCUAAAACAACUAAGAUGUUAUUAGCUGCUUCAACUGUAUUUCUAGUUUUCAAUUUACCUUAUCAUUUGUUAAUAUUCUGUUUUUUAAUUGUUCCAAAACAACCACCAUGGAUGGGUAGUGCUGUUGAUAUCGCUCGUCUCUGGUUUUUUGCAUCAUUUUGUGUUAAUUUUUUUGUUUAUGCUAUAUGUGGUCAACGAUUUCGAAGUGAAGUUGUUCGUCUAUUUAGUUGUUCAAUUUUUCGUCGUUAUUUUGACAAACGAGAACAAAAAAUUAUACAAGAACGUCAAAAUAGCAUUUAUCUAAGUCAGCGUUUAAUGCCUAUUUCAUUAACACGUCUUUCUCAUUCAAACUGA